AUGGACAUUCAGCAGAAGUGCCGGCUGUGUUUUUUCAAAGUUCACAAACCCCAAAAUAUCUUCACUACCUCGGGUCUGCUGAAUAAAAUUAGAAAGUUCACCGACAUUCAGGUAAAACGAGGAGAUGGCCUGCCGAGCAACGUGUGCGAUCUGUGCGUUAUGAAAUUAAAAAUCGCGGAUAAAUUCCGUCGGCAAGUAGGAAGAACGGACAAAUUGAUCCGAGCCUUUGUCUCAAGCCAUGCAGGGUCCCAGCGGUACAGUUCGAAGAAUAAAAGUAUGCCGAAUCUACGGAAAUUCGGCACGAGUAAUUCCUUCCACGAUUCCCAAGAUCUGUUCAGGUCGAAUUACCGACAUAGAGUCUGUCGAGAACGGAUGCACACUUCGAGGAAUAUGUCGAGUUUCAGGUGGCGGGAGGGAUCGAGCGGUAGGAAAUCGCGAAGCGUCGUCCGACACGGGGAGAGCGAUUUGGACCGAUCUUUCAUCUACUCGAGCUCAACAGCGAGGUCAUUGACCGCUAGUUACACGACAUUGACCAAUCGUUGCCGUGCGGAGGAAAACCCUGAGGAUUUCUCGCUGCCUUCGUCGUUUGCGAGUGUUUUCGAUUCGAACGAGCGGCAGGAUAACGGAGCGAAGAGAACGCGCGGCUUUCGAAUCGUGCGACACAGGCAGCGAGAAAGACGACUCUUAAAAAAGCGACAGGUCCGCGGCGAGGAGUCCCUCAAGAGUACGAGCAGGAACGUAAUUAACUACCAGCUUGCAUCGAGCGGCCAACACGCCCUCCAACAGAGCUGUGGACUCCCCGCGGAUCCUCUGAAUUUACUAAAAGUAAAGAAAGUCCGGCCCCUCCUUGAUCGUAACGACGACGACGACGACUCCGCGGCUUCCUCCGUUUCCACCGGACGCUCAUCGCCGUCAUGGCGAUAUGACGGGAAAGCCAGACUCGCACGGGACUUUCAAACCCGUUUUUCAUCCCCAAGCUCCGCGGGCUCGAAUUUUUCCGACGAGUUCUUCGACCCGAUUACGCCGGAAAACGCCGUCCCCCAGAAACGAUACUUUUACCAAAGAACCAGAGUCGUUUCUGAAACUCGCCUGGCUUCCGCCAACGUUCACACAAUCGACGUCGGCCGCGCUCAGGGUGACGGCCCCGUCUCGACCCCCGAUAACUCAAAAAUCCCGGUCAACUGCCCCUUAUGCAAAAAGAUCUGCGCGAGCCUGCACGGCUUCAAGAUUCACGUGCGCAUGCACGCAUCGGAGAAAUGCCGAUUAUGCGAAGCUUCAACGGAGAGCAAAGAAAAGUUCAGAAAACACAUGGUGUCGCACCUCGAGUCGAAGCCUCAGUUUCAGUGCAGAUGCUGCAAGAGGGUUCUUAAAACGAAAGCGGGUCUGAGCAUCCACGUCCGAAUUCACUCGAAGAGCGUACCUGCGGCCAUCGGAGUGUGAUCUCAAUCCCCGAAAACUUACAACAUCCAACGAGGCUACAUCGCUCACAAUCAAUGCGUACCGUAGCCGUUUCGAUUCGGAGUAAAUUGCUUGCGGUGCGUCAGGAAGGUUCUUUGUAAGAUUAGCGCGUCAAAGAGUAAACUAAUUACAAAUCGAUUAAUUUUAAAGCGAUCAGUGAAUACCGCGGUAUGUUGUUUGCGUGAGAAAGGUAUUUGCGACGAGUAUGGUAUUCAUUCGCUUUACGUUUUAGGUUUUAAUUCAUUUUAUCUGCAGACAUAUUGUUUCCAUGAUACAAUAACUAAUAGAAUGUAUUCCCCAUAUAGAUUCGAGAUGAAAAAUGUCAAUUCUUGUAGAAACUAAUUUCCACAGUAUAACCCAGUGUCUCAAACCGGAACAAUGCCCUCAUUCAAAAAAAUGCGUUCUUCAAACAGAUUGUAUAAAUGUGACGCCGGCUCAUUAAUCCCCACCGGUGCAUAUGCAUACAAACCGGGUGCGAUCAAAGCAGUCAAGCUGGAACGCU